UGGGGCUGCGCGGCGUGGCGGAGCAGCGCUCACUCCCUCGCUCGCUCGCUCGCAGGGACACACGCAGGGGCUGACAGCUGUGCUGGUGCUGAUAAGGGAAGCCACAAGGAGACGAUCGAGGAGAGAGACAAGCAGCAGCAGAGGCAGCAGCAGCAGAGGCAGCACGAGGGCUGCGGAGCUGCUGGGAGUGGGAGUGACUCCCCCACCUCGGGCCCCCACCCUGUCCCUGUCCUCCUCCCGCUUGCCCUGAGUUGAGGAGAGCGGCCGCUGCCACCACCGCCACUCCGGAGGGCACCGGGGGGCUGCCGGCCAGGGAGGGACAGGGUCAGGGAGGCUCUGGCCAGUCCCAGCAGCCGGGGACAGAUGCCGAUCGAGAUUGUGUGCAAAAUCAAAUUUGCAGAGGAGGAUGCGAAACCCAAGGAGAAGGAGGCAGGGGAUGAGCAAAGCCUCCUGGGGGCUGCACGGGGGGCAGCAGCCCCCCGGGACCUGGCCACCUUUGCGAGCACCAGCACUCUGCACGGGCUGGGCCGGGCCUGUGGCCCAGGCCCCCAUGGACUGCGCAGAACCCUGUGGGCACUGGCCCUACUCACCUCGCUGGCUGCCUUCCUGUACCAGGCGGCUGGCCUGGCCCGGGGCUACCUGACCCGGCCUCACCUGGUGGCAAUGGACCCUGCUGCCCCAGCCCCGGUGGCUGGCUUCCCGGCCGUCACCCUCUGCAACAUCAACCGUUUCCGGCACUCGGCGCUCAGCGACGCCGACAUCUUCCACCUGGCCAAUCUGACAGGGCUGCCCCCCAAAGACCGGGACGGGCACCGAGCCGCCGGCCUGCGCUACCCGGAGCCCGACAUGGUAGACAUCCUCAACCGCACUGGCCACCAGCUUGCCGACAUGCUCAAGAGCUGCAACUUCAGUGGGCACCACUGUUCCGCCAGCAACUUCUCUGUGGUGUAUACUCGCUAUGGGAAGUGUUAUACCUUUAACGCGGAUCCACAGAGUUCACUGCCCAGUCGGGCUGGGGGCAUGGGCAGUGGCCUGGAGAUCAUGUUGGACAUCCAGCAGGAGGAAUACCUGCCCAUCUGGAGAGAGACAAAUGAGACAUCGUUUGAGGCCGGCAUCCGAGUGCAGAUCCAUAGCCAAGAGGAGCCACCCUACAUCCACCAGUUGGGCUUUGGUGUGUCCCCAGGCUUCCAAACCUUCGUGUCCUGCCAGGAACAGCGGCUGACCUAUCUGCCCCAGCCCUGGGGCAACUGCCGGGCAGAGAGCGGGCUCAGGGAGCCUGAGCUUCAGGGCUACUCAGCCUACAGCGUGUCUGCCUGCCGGCUGCGCUGUGAAAAGGAGGCCGUGCUUCAGCGCUGCCACUGCCGGAUGGUGCACAUGCCAGGCAAUGAGACCAUCUGCCCGCCAAAUAUCUACAUCGAAUGUGCCGACCACACACUGGACUCCUUGGGUGGGGGCACCGAGGGCCCGUGUUUCUGCCCUACUCCCUGCAACCUGACCCGCUACGGGAAAGAAAUCUCCAUGGUCAGGAUCCCCAACAGGGGCUCAGCCCGGUACCUGGCAAGGAAGUACAACCGCAACGAAACCUACAUACGGGAGAACUUCUUGGUCCUUGAUGUCUUUUUUGAAGCCCUGACCUCCGAGGCCAUGGAGCAGCGAGCGGCCUACGGCCUGUCAGCCCUACUGGGAGACCUCGGGGGACAGAUGGGCCUAUUCAUCGGGGCCAGCAUCCUCACCCUGCUGGAGAUCCUGGACUACAUCUAUGAGGUGUCCUGGGACCGACUGAAGCGGGUGUGGCGUCGUCCCAAGACCCCCCUGCGGACCUCCACUGGGGGCAUCUCCACCCUGGGGCUGCAGGAGCUGAAGGAGCAGAGUCCAUGUCCAAGCCGGGGCUGUGCUGAGGGUGGGGGAGCCAGCGGCCUGCUCCCCAACCACCACCACCCUCCUGGUCCCCGAGGAGGCCUCUUUGAAGACUUUGCUUGCUAGGAUGGUGCUGUGUCUAAAAAGACCCAGGAGUCUGGGACCCCUCCCAGGAUCCCCAACAGUCUCCUCCUGA